AUGGCAAAGUAUUCGAACUUGGUCUAUUUCUUCGCCAUCGCUGUGGGAAGUUUUGUUUUCGCUAAAGAUAACAAUGAAGUAAAUAAAAGGGAACCACGACAUUUAGUCAAGAACAAAUUAUGCUAUAAAUACGGAAUAUGCGGUGGCGCUGGUUAUCAGGGUGGUCAUGGUUUCCAGGGUGGCAAUGGAUUCCAGGGUGGCCAUGGAUUCCAGGGUGGUUACGGUGGACAUGAUGGAGGCUAUGGCGGAUUCCAGGGUGGCUACCCAUACCCACCGAUCAAUAUUGGAAUCAGUCAAUCUCAGUCAUCAGCAAGCGCUGGUGGUGGAGGUUACGGGAGCGAAACCAACCCAAAUAACUACCAAUAUAACAACGGUUACCCCUAUAAUGGUAAUCCUUAUAAUGGAGGUUACAAUGGUUACAAAAGGCCUGGUUAUUUCGAUAACGGCUAUGGAUCAUAUAAUAACCAGUUUAAUGGGAACUAUUAUAAUGGUCAAGGAGGUUAUGGAUUUCAGAGACCUUUCGGUUUUAAUGAUGACGUGUCACAUGAGGAUAACAAACCGACUGAUGAGGAUUACGAUGGUGAUUACAGUAGAUCGAAUAAAGAAUAA